CCGUUGCGAUAUGAAUUUGCAAAUGUAAAACAGACAAAACAAGGUAAAGAUAAAUCUCCAGGUAGCUGCUGUGAUUCGUAUCCAGGUAGCGUUUCCGUCGGUCUCCAUAGAAACAACAAAAUCAACUUUGCUUAAAGUCGCGUAAUGGACGAGUUUCAAUCUGCUGAGGAGACUACAUUUGUUGUGGACGAGAUAACAACAAUAAUCAAAGAGACUGUCGAAAGCAUCAUAGGAAACAGCCCUUUCCAACACAAUCGCACCAACAGCUGGACAUCAAGCAUAAUAGAGUCCAGUCUAAACCAGCUAUCUAAAUUGGGAAAGCCCUUUAAGUACAUAGUGACAUGUAUAAUAAUGCAGAGAAAUGGGGCAGGUUUGCACACCGCCAACUCAUGUUUCUGGGACAACGCUAUAGAUGGGAGCUGCACAGUACGCUGGGAGAACAACACUGUGUACUGCAUUGUUAGUGUUUUUGGUCUUGCCAUUUAAGGAUGAAUAUAUUCGUUGACCCUGUUUAAUUAGUGAUUAAUAAAUUUAUUUGCACAGCUAAA